AUGCGUAGGACGGCCAGGGCGGGCGAGAGAGAGACAACAAGAACCGCUCGCUUCCCUCCAGCCCCCCCGCCAAACGCCACUGGAAGCGGAAAUGCCCUGGAGAGGCUGAGAAGAAAUGGGACCUGGUCCAGCAUGGCCUGUCUGUACAGUAAUGGACUGUACUAUGAGGCGCGAGAGCUUACGCAUCCUGGGCUUGUGCUGGGGUACUGUACGAGUAUGACGGGAGGUAGCACAAGACCAGGCAGACGCGACCUGCGACUCGGAUCCUGGCACUGCGACAGUCCUUGCAGCUUUGGCGGAAGCAACACCACAUCGUACUAUCAUAUAUCACAUCGCAUGGACGAGGCAACGGAGCAGAAGCGGCUGCGCUCGCAAGAGCCUCCGCCGUACGAGGUCCCAGCUUACCCCAGGCGACCGCCCCAUCGCCGGCCCUUUGCGCGGAGCAUUGUGUCGAUCAGGACGGGCCUGAGCUUCGUGGUCGCAGCAUCCGUGCUCUGGCUGUGCUAUGCAGUCGAUCGCCAGUAUCGGACUCGGCGGCACGAAGAUGGCGACGCGUCGCCGCAGCUUCUACAACGCUACGAGGAAGCGCUGGUGCAGUGUCGCGAGCUGGAGAGGAUCCCUGGCCGGCCACAGCCUGGGCUUCGACGGAGCAACCCCCGAUGGACGCCGACCAACGGCCAGGCUGCGACAAUUGUGUUGAAGAAUGCAACCCUGUUCGACGGCGAGGCUUUCCUCCCCUACGCCGUGGACAUUGUCUUUUCCAAGGGUCUCGUCGAAGCCUUUCACAAGACGGCAGACAACACGGCCAUUGAGGGCGAUGGCGUCGUGGAGUUGGACGUCCAGGGCCGAUAUGUCACGCCCGGUCUCGUGGACAUGCAUUCUCAUCACUUCCUUACGCCGUGGCCGGGUACUGAAGUGGGCGACGACACCAAUGAGAUGAACCCGGACACAAAAGCCUUUACCCCAAUGGUGCAUGUGCUUGAUGCUCUGAAGCCGUACGAUGAAGCCGCCACCUUGAUUCUGUCGGGCGGCGUUACGUCUUCGCUCAUCAUUCCAGGCUCGGCCAACCUCAUUGCCGGCGAGGGCGUUCCCGUCAAGAACGCGCUCUAUUCCGGAGAGCACUCCGAGCCUGUCGUUGAGGAUCUACUUCUCGAGAGAGGCGUGCCGACAGGCGAUCGGCGGCGGUACAUGAAGUUUGCGUUUGGCGAAAACCCCAAGAGCGUAUGGGGUUAUACUCGUCUAGGCAACGGCUGGCACCUGCGAGAACAUCUCCAGAGAGCCAAGGAGCUCAAGGAAAAGCAGGACGAUUACUGUGCGGCCAUCCUCAAGGCCCAGUCCUGGCACGACAACCACAAGGCCGGCCUCAUUCGUCAGUCUGGAAAGUUUCCGUUCCAGCUGGAACUGGAGUCGACAGUUGCCAUUCUUCGCGGCCAGGUCAUUGUGCAGAACCACAACUAUGAGCCCGAGGACUUGGAGACUAUGCUUCGGAUAAGCCACGAGUUUGGCUACAGGGUUGCCGGAUUCCACCAUGCCACCGAAGCCUGGCAAGUGCCAAACCUGCUCAAGGAGGAGGGAGACAACGUCACCGUUGCCAUUUUUGCAGAGUUCAGUCUGUACAAACAGGAGGCAUACUCCCCGAACCUGUACGCGGGCCACAUACUCGAUAAGAAUGGCAUUCCCGUGGCCUACAAGUCCGACCACGUCAUUGGCAUGACGAGUGCCAAGUAUCUGGCGUCUCAGGCCGCGAUAGGGUACUCCUUUAAGCUUCCAGAAGAGAAGGCCCUUCAGGCAGUCACUUCCAUCCCUGCAAAGGCAAUCGACCUGGAUUUCCGGAUCGGAUACUGCAGGCCUGGAUUUGACGCAGACAUUGUGGUAUGGGACUCCCACCCUCUGUCGAAUGGCGCAACGCCCCUACAGGUCUUCAUCGACGGCCAAGCCCAGCUGGAUGAGUCACGAGUCAAGCAGAGCAUGGGCACGACGUUCACGGCAGCUCACACUGGAAACGAACCGCCCGUGAUCAAGCCACAGAUUCGGUACGAGGUUGAAGACGAGCAGAAAACAACGAUAUGCUCUCAGGCGUACGAGCCAGGUCAGAGCUUCAUCGUAGACGGCAUCCAGAAAGCUUUCGUGGACAACUAUCCAGAGCUAGCAGCCUCGUUGGCGCAGGUUGACGAUGAGCCUCUCAAGCUAAUCGUCGAGGAUGGCGAGAUUUCAUGCCUCGGCUCAGCUGCCAUGUGCGCAGGAGCCGUAAGCAACUUCGAGGUCAAGGGAAAGAAGGCUCUUCGCCUGUCCCUGCGAAAUGGUCAUGUCCUACCAGGUUUGACUGCGGUCACUCGUGCGUUGGGUUUGACCGAAAUCGCCACGCUGGACGGCACCGGCGACGGCCAAGCAUCGAACCAGAAAAUCGGAGACCCUGAGAGCUUGGUCCACGCAAAGUACGGACUGUGGCUCGACGGGAAGGAGUUUGCGAGAGCCCGUCUGGGAGGCGUCACCAGGGCAAUCUCUGCUCCGUUGGGAGACGCGUCGGGCUUCGUCCAGGGCGUCAGCGUAGAGUUUCUCACCAGCGGCAAGAAGAGCCUUACGAAGGGGGGUAUCGUUCAGGGCGAUGUCGCUCUGCAUCUGAAUCUUGGCGAUGCGACAAAGUCUUCGGAAGGCUCGGUCAGCAACGGCAUUCGCAACCUACGCAAGAUGCUGGAGGAUGGGAAGGGCAAGCAUAAUGAGACGGUGUACGGGCGAGUUGCGGCUGGCAGCCUGCCUCUUGUCGUGCAGUGCAACAACAAGUACGACAUGGGUCAACUGUUGCUUGUCAAGGAGGACUUUCCGGAGACCAAUAUUGUGAUACUUGGCGGCAAGGAAGCCCCAUAUGUUGCCAAAGAGCUGGCUGCUGCCAACAUCUCUGUGAUUCUAACAGAGAAUCGGCCCGCUCCUGAUGCCUUUCGUGACAAGGACGCAGUAGUCGGGCCUCCCCUUACAAGAAGCAUAGCCAGCUAUCUCAAGGAGGCUGGUGUCACAUUUGCUUUGGCCAUCUAUGAACCCUCAAUGCCGGUCGACUAUCGCAUUCACGACCUAGGUCCCGAGGCCGGAUGGGCCGCCAAGUAUGCGCAUCUCAGCCAGGAAGAGACUGUCCGUCUUGUGACGUCCAAUGUCGAGUCGAUCUUGGGUCUGGAGAAGAGCAAGGACUUGGUUGUGUUUGAAGGCACCCCGUUGAGCUAUGGAGCUUCCGUGGUGCUUUCGUUUCAUGCCGAUGCGGCGACUGGCAAGCUGGAGGUGUCUACUUGCUUCCCCAGGGAGGAUGAAGUUGGGAGCAUUCUGUAG